CUAGCGUACAUGUUUCUCCAGAAAAGGUACCAAAAAAAGCCAAAACUUCAAAGUGUUAGGCCUUGGCCUACACUAGCCUACACACAGAAUUGCCUACAGUACAAGAAAUAGCCUUGGCUUCAACCACAAUGUAAUUGUUUCUUCAGGCUUCAUUGCCUUCAGGAUCAUCUUUGGAGAGUAUAACCGUUAUGUAAAAUAUGAGUGUUACAUCCAUCAAGGAGUUCACUUUUCGUGACCUUGCAACCUCUGAAAGUUUGUCUGUGAGAAUACCUGAGGUGGUUGAUGCUUCCUAUGGGCUAUACGUGUGGCCAUCUGCCCCUGUCCUGGCACAGUACACCUGGCUCCACAGACACAAAGUAAGAGGCAAGUCUGUUCUGGAGAUUGGAGCUGGCACUGGCCUGCCGGGGAUUGUAGCAGCUAAAUGCGGUGCACGUGUCACGCUGAGUGACUCAGUAGCUCUUCCACAGUGCAGGGACAGGUGCAGAUCAAGUGCAGAAGCAAAUGGCUUGUCAGAUGUUUCUGUGAUGGGUAUUACGUGGGGAUUUAUCUCCCCUGACCUUAUGGACCUCCCGAGCCUGGACCUCAUCUUGGCCUCCGACUGCUUUUAUGAUACUAAAGAUUUUGAAGAUGUAGUGAUGACUCUGUCUUGCCUAUUGCAUCAGAACCCACAUGCUGAGGUGUGGUGUGCGUACCAAGUGAGAAGCCCAUCCAAAACCAUAGAGCUUCUCUUGUCCAAGUGGAAGCUACGGGGAGAGCAAGUGCCUUUACCAGAUAUGACCACCGUCCAGUGCUCUGUGACUUCCCAUGCCCAACAGGAAGUGCUUCUGUUUGCGUUGCGCUUGAAUACAGCAGCUGCCCUUGAAGACGCCCUCUCCUGAGUCUGAUGACAGGAUUUUGGAAAGUCAAAGUAACGUUGAAGUUAACAGUUAUGUGUUCCUCUGUGGCUGAAAGCUAAUACAGCUUCACGGGAACUCCUUCGUUUGCCAGUCAAUAUAUUUUAGAUCAUUUGACCCCCAAAGGGUCUGUCCUUUGCACACUCAGUUCCUGCUGAAGGUCAAGAACUCUUUUGCCGCUGGGUCACCUGAAAAUAAUAACCUUUGCUGAGCCCUUAGUGAGGAGGUGAGAAACUGCUUGUCAUUGAAUCAGGGCCGCCAAGUUAGGAAAAAUUACUCGAGGGACACAUCGGACUUCUCAGGGCUACAUGACUUAUAAGACUUAA